AUGCUCGGCCUCGCGUCACUCUGUCUGCUCUGGAUCCCCAGCCCCCUGCUCAACUGGUCGGGCAUUGAGCGCUUUGAAGUCGUCAAGGACCCAGCAAUCGCUUGGAUGAUCUUGGGCAUCAUCUUUGUGGGCGUACUCUUCAAUGCUGGCUUCAUGAUCCUGAUAGGCCUUUGGGGCCCAGUCUUAGCAUCCGUAGGUAACUUGUGCACCUUGGUCCUGAUCGCGAUCGUCGACCACACUAUCAUCGGCGCGAUCAACUCCCACGAGUCCGACCGGGCCGUGCCCCCCUUCGGCAUCCUCAGCUUCAUCGACUGCCUCUCCAUCCUCAACUUCUAG